CGUUGACAUUCAUCAACCACCCUUCUCCCCCAAGAGCUUGAAUAAAUUACAAACUUUACCAACCAGGGAACACGGAAUACGUGACUGUGAAAAGACACCACAACCCUCCUCCCCUUCAAUCAAUUCUUUCUUACCCCCCGACACGUCCAGCAACACCAGCAUAACCAUCGUCCGCCGCGAUGUCAUUCGAUGCCCCCAGUUCCCCUUUCGGCCCCUCCGACCCCCAAGCCCACCUUCUCAGCGCUUCAUGUCUCGAUCUACUCCUGAUAGAGCUGGUACCGAUGGCGGAGAGGCUGGCGAAAGAGCUCUCCACGAACGAUGGCAAACAACCGGAUGACGAAGAGGUUAGAGAAACGACAUUCUUUCGCCUUGAGUCGCUUGGAUAUAGAGUUGGACAGGGUCUUGCAGAACGAUUCUCCCGCGACCGUCCUCGUUUUGCCGAUAACCUCGACGUAAUUAAAUUCCUAUGCAAAGAUCUCUGGACAAUUCUAUUCCGGAAGCAAGUCGAUAAUCUCAAGACAAACCAUCGGGGUGUCUAUGUUCUAACCGAUCAAUCUUUUCGUCCAUUUGCGAGAAUGAGCAUGGCUGCUCGGACUGAGGCUGUAGCUAUGGCACAAGCGUACUUGUACUUCCCAUGCGGCGUUAUUCGAGGAGCUCUCGCAAACAUGGGAAUCAGCACUUCGGUACAAGCAGAGACUUCGGAGCUGCCGGCGGCGACAUUUCAAAUAAAGACCAUCCAGUCCAAGCCGUGAAAGCAGAUGCACGGUGGAACUCGCCUACAAACAAUCCCCGGGAGUUACAAUAAAGGCCUACAUUGCACUGCUGCAGGACAGCUAUAUCAGGCCAGGUGCUCAGGGAACCCCAUACGAUUCCACAAUCAUGAAGCUGUCUACUUUUACACGAGUUGGCAAAGGACAGAUAAAAACUAUUUCAUUUCAUUUCUGCAUAGCGUGCGUUACUGGAAUGACCGUCGGCCACAUUAAUUUCACCGUCUAAUACAUAUCAUGCGUUUAAAGC